CCAAUACUUCCACAUUCAACGUAACCAACUUAUGGAUACCGAUCUAUUCCUCUAUUCGCAUCCUAUCAAAUUUCAAUUCCCCUAGGUACCUCCUAUAACAAUACAUUAAACCGACAUGACUCUUCAAUAGGUCUUGUUACAGGUCGCAUUUCAAUUCCGCGCGUUUGUCGCAUUGCAAAAUUUCCACCUCUUUCAUCUCUGAGUCACAUCCGAAUCGCAUUUCAACAUGGACGAUCAAACCUCAAUCCUAAAAGACCAGCUUUACGUUGCGUGCGAAGAUGCAUGUAGCCAUGACCCAGAAAAGCUAUUCUCGCAAGAAGAUCUCAUGGGUCUUAACGUCGUCCCUCCAAAAGAUGUGAAGAAAUUACUGCAAAUCAUCCAACUUCUAACGAAGGAGCGCCUUUUCGUCCCUGUCCAUUUCCACAAUGGCCUUUUCUGGCGAGUCCGCUCGGAGAGCGAUGCAGCCAAAUACAAGCAUCUUACCUCCGAAGACCAAGUCCUAGUCUACGAAAUCAUCGAUUCGGCCGGUGCCGAAGGCGCAUGGCAACAAGAUAUCAAGCGACGCCUCAACCUCCAAGACAAUGCAUUACGAAAGGCGCUUAAGGAGCUGGAAGCCAAGCGCUUCAUCCAGCAAUUCACCACCGUCGAGAACAUGACCAAGAAAAUGUGGAUCAAGUUCAACAUGCAACCCUCGGCCCGCGCGACCGGUGGUCCAUGGUAUACCGAUCAAUAUCUCGACGAAGCCUUCAUCGAUGCGUUACAGACGGUAGUAGUCCGUAUCGUAAAAGAGAGGGGUAGCUACCGUAGCACUGGAGAACGAAAUGGCCGGAGCGUUAGUCCCGUUCUGCCGAAGAAAGGUGUUAUUAGGGGUGGUCUCUCAGAUGCUGCACUAAAGAGCAAGAAGCGAACCGCAGACGCUAUAUCCCGAGACGAAACCGCACCCGUAUUACCUCCUGUAUCCAAAGUCCGCGGUACCGUUCGCAUUCCCCUACCUGCCGGUUAUACCGGAUACCCAACAGCCGAAGAAAUCACCAAAGAGCUCGUCAGAGUAGCCAGAGGCCAGCCAUUAAAAGUAGAGCACGUCCAAGAGCUAAUCGACAUUCUCGUAUGGGAGAACCGCAUCGAAGAGAUAAAAGUAGGCGAUCGAGUCGGAUACAGAGCUACACGCAUCUCCAAGCAGAACGCGGAUUCCGCUAAGCUAGACAGCGAGGAUUUCUGGGAGUCGAGAACUAAUGGUUUGACGACUGCCCCUUGCGGCAAAUGCCCCGUCUUUGAGCUUUGCGAGGAAGGUGGCCCUGUUUGGGCUGGUGGAUGUGAAUACUUUGACCAAUGGUUGUCGUAAUUUCUUGUUAUUUGAUCGAGCUGGCGGCAGCUUAUCAUUACUUUGCUUCUUGAUGUUUCACUAUAUGGCAUGGCAUGGCGUUUAGGAGGAAAAGAGACCUAGGUAUUCCCCUAAGGCAAAAAGGAAAGAUUUGGGAUUCUACGAUAAUAUACCUUUGCAGUCUAGUCAAGGCUUACAUCACAAAUCAUGGCCAAAUUUACAAUAGAUAAUUAAAACGCAAGACAAAUGUCAUUGGCAA